AUGGAUAGAGUUGUGAACAGCAUAGUUGCACAGUCGAACGAAUGGAUCAAGUUUCCAAAUACCAACCAUGAACUGAUGAAGGCCAAGCGGAUAUGGCUAAGCAUGUAUGAAUUUCCAACAGCAAUUGGUGUAAUUGAUUGUACACAUAUAGGAAUUCUGAUACCAAAUCGCCAUGGAGAUGAGUAUAUCAACCGAAAAGGGAAAUCUACUUUAAAUGUGCAAGCCACUUGUGACGCCAGAGAUAUGUUCACAAGUGUUGAUGUCAGUUGGUCUGGAUCAGUGCAUGAUUCCAGAAUCUGGAGAAAUUCACAGACUAGAUCACAACUAAUAAAUAUAGCAAAUGUUGUACUACUUGGCGAUGACGGUUAUGGUAUUGAGCUAUGCCUUAUGACUUCGUUCAGAAAUCCUACUCCAGGUGCAGAAAUAAAUUACAAUAAGCUUUUAAAACAAGAAAGAGUUAUAAUUGAACGCUGUUUCGGCCAACUGAAACGCCGGUUCCUAUCCUACAGUAUGUUUGCUGCGUAA